AUGCAGCGCGAUGCUUCCGUUUAUUUGAAUGGCAGGAGCCACCUGGGGUAACACGCUUAUAAUCAACAAGGGUUUUCUUGUAAGUCCGCUAGGGUGGCAUCACACUGAGCGACCUUCCAAAUUUUUGCAUCAUCCAUAUCUUUGGCACACCCAGUCUAAUUCUUGUACACGACCGUUAGUGGAAGACAGCCGACCUCUUCCCAUUACAUAAAGGAGGUAACAGGAAGGCAGCCAGCAACCCGACUUGCCUCUCAUACGAAACGAUGGGAGUUCUUGCAAAGAAUGCUAUGAAGCAAGUCCAUGUGGAAAACAAAUUCUUGCAGAAAUUUCAGCACGGUUUCCGGAGAAGACGUUCUUGCCUAUAAAAUCUGCUGAUUUGGCCGGAGAUAUGAAAUAGGGCUUUAGAGGAGGGCUUUGCGGUCGAUGUCGCGUACAUCGAUUUCCACAAAGCAUUCGACAAUGUCUCGCACAAACACCUUCUUCAUAAAUUGAGUAGCCUCGACACCAGGGGAGAUCAUCUGAACUCGAUAAGGCGUUUCUAGUUGGUCGAAGAUAGCGUGUCUGUAUCGGAGAUGCUAUGCAAGACGGAGCGAACGUGACAAGUGGUGUGCCUGAAGGCUUAGUUCUCAGACCCUUACUAUUAGUCCUUUAGAUUAAUGACAGUCUUCAUGCACUCGACUGCGGCAAAGUUAUAUUCGCCGACGACGCUAAGCUCUGGGAAAUAAUUAAGGGUCCCAGUGAUCGAAAAUUCCUUCAAAAUAAUCUGCACCGAUAGAAAAUGCGGUCCGAGGUUUGGCUUCUAGAUUUCAGUGUGCAGAAUUGUGCGUCCAGCUAACUGUCAUUCAAAUGACAGCCUAAGAACAUGUCGCCUGGUCCAAGACUGAUAAUGGCUCACCCAGUUCUCGGGCAUGUCCAAAUAUAAAUUCUGCCUUUAUCCCGUCCAGACCAUAAAAUUUGCAUUUCUUCGAGUUUUGCUAGUUCUUCAAAAACUGCUUUUUAUCGAAAUAGAAUAUUUUCAAUAGCCGACGCUUUGCUGUUGUUCUAUCCAGACGGAAUGAACUCCUCUUUCCCUGUUAAACAGACUGGGUGAAGUAUUAAUAAGGCUCAGUUUUGUUUGCAUUGUCAAAUAUCCAGAGACCCUCCUCAUCCCUCAUAACAAGCAUGGGGUCCCUGCUAAGUGCAUUUUUCGCGAGCACUUGUAGAGCCAGUUAGAUUUGCUGACUGCUUAGUAAAGCAAAUUACUCUCAAAAUUCCACUGUCUUUUAAAAAAAGCAGGCUUUUAAACGCGUUACUUUUGAUCCUUCAAAGGAUUGCGUUCGUUGUUUCUGCAAAACUUCGUCCACUGCCUCCCUUUCAUUUUUAUCUCUUUUUCGGUAUUACUAGCUGGGCCCGGCCUCGCGUUGCCAUGGCUCAGUUUCAUGAAAUGAGGAAAAAGGAAAGAGAAAAGAGCAUGCUUCUAAUACGUUUAGUUUUAUAAUGCCUGUGUGUGUAAAACAUUUUUGCUGCUCCAUUUUCUGUGCAGGUAUAGAGAUUGUCUGGUUUGUCGACUUUGGAGCACCCAAAGUACAGUUGGCCACGUGAGAAGCAAUCCGCUUGCAAUCAAAACAGCACAAUUCUAGAGACUGGCCUUAAGGUAUGAUGAUUAUUAUGAUGAUGAUGAUGAUGAUGAUGAUGAUGAUGAUGAUGAUGAUGAUGAUGAUGAUGAUGAUGAUGAUGAUGAUGAUGAUGAUGAUGAUGAUGAUUGGAAACGCCAAUCGAGCCGAGAAUUGCAGUCGUCUCUAUUGAAAUAA